AUGGCGAACUCAGCAGACACUGUUCAGGCCAGCGCCGACGAGAAACUAUCCAUCGCUGCCGACGAUCCAGAGUUCGACUAUGAAAAAUCCCACUUGAAUGAUGAAGCCAUCGUAACUAGCGGGCAAGAUGUUUCCCGGUUUGUCGUUGAUGUACGAGAUGACAGUGACCCUGCUCUUACUUUUCGGUCACUAUUCUUGGGCACGGUCAUCGCUGGAUUGGGCGCUGCCCUUUGUCAGAUCUAUAACUUCAAGCCAGUUCAAAUGUCGGUAUCGACGGUAUUUCUGCUUUUGGUUCUGUAUAGCAUUGGGUUGGCUUGGGCUACUUUUCUACCUCGGCGCGCGUGGGUAGAAGGUACCAGGUUGCAGAAGCUGGCGCCGGUGCUGGAAUUUAUUAAUCCCGGUUCAUUUGGUCUGAAGGAGCAUGUUGUGGCUACUCUGAUAGCUUCCACUGCGGCUAAUGGAAGUACUGCUGUGAACAAUUUCGCUGUCCAGCGGCUGUUCUACGAUACAAAUGUACAGGCGUUGACGGCUAUAUUAGCGACAUUUUCGACAGCUUCUUUCGGCAUGGGCCUUGUUGGCAUAUUGCGACCGCUUACAGUGUAUCCGUCUGAGAUGGUAUAUUGGCAAAAUCUGCUCACCGUCUCCGUCUUUCAGGCCCUACACUUUGAUAUUCAUGCCAACACAAAGAGAAUCAAACUUUUCUGGACGGCCUUCACAGGAAUGUUUAUUUACGAAGUUAUUCCGUCCUACGUGUUUCCGCUCCUCAACGGGUUCAGUAUCUUCUGUCUUGCAUCUCGGAAAGCAUCAGCCGCGACCGUUGAUAUUUUCACUAAUAUUUUCGGUGGCGCCAGUAGUAACGAAGGUCUUGGAUUGCUUAACCUGUCACUUGAUUGGCAAUAUAUUGGAUCAACGUAUAUGUCUCUACCACUUAUUCAACAAGCGAAUGCUUGGGUUGGGUACAUCAUCUGCUACAUUGUCAUCUCGGCAAUCUACUACUCCAACGCUUGGAAUUCAAAAUCCUUCCCAAUGCUGUCGACCUCCAUCUUCUCAUCAAACGGGACUGUGUACCAGCAAUCUGCCGUCUUCGGUUCCAAAUGGACCCUCAAUCAAACCGCGCUCGAUGAAGUCGGCCUUCCAGCUUUGACUGGUUCAAAUGCGUGGGCUAAUCUGACCGCCAAUCUUGGGAUUGGUGGUCUUAUUGCUCAUGUUCUUUUUUUCUGGGGACCAUACGCCCGAGAUGCCAUCAAGCAAUCGCGUAAUAAGACACAUCCAGAUCGGCAUUUCCAGGCAAUGCAGAAGUACAGUGAAGCGCCCUGGUGGUGGUACGCCAUACUCUUGUUGCUUUCAUUCUUUGCAGGUUUGAUCGUGGUACUCAAGGGGCAAACCUCUCUACCAUGGUGGUCGUAUAUCGUAGCCCUAAUUCUAGGCGGCUUCAUAACGCCAUUCUCUACACUUCUCUAUGGACGCAUGGGAACAAGUGUUGCCACGAACCAGCUCAUGAAGAUGGUUCCUGGUGCCCUUAACCCCGGGAAACCGGUGGCGAAUCUCUACUUCUCAAUGUGGAGUCACGAUGUUGUAGCGACAUCCAUCAACCUAGCAGGUGACUUGAAAAUUGGCCAAUACACCAAAAUCCCUCCCCGCGUCAUGUUCCUCACCCAGGUUUGGGGGACGCUUCUUGCGGUUAUGGUUUCUGUCGUCGACAAACAACGUGAGGUCUUGACGGACCCUACAGGCACAGUGGUGUGGAGUGGCCAGACUCUACAAAGUUUGAACAGUGCUGCGGUGACAUGGUCUCACGCUAAGCAGCUAUAUGGUUGCAGUGGUCCCUAUCUCAUUGUCCCUUUGGGAUUGCCAAUCGGGAUGGUCCCGACCUUCUUCCAAUGGCUUAUAUGGAAGCGCUGGCCCAUCAUUGGGCCGGUCAGGGUUGACAUCAUUAUUCUACCCAUUGUAUACUAUUACUCUUCGAAGAUGAGCAGCGGUCAGACAUCGAUGAUCACGUCCUGUAUCAUUGUCGGUCUCGUCUCCCAGUUCUGGUUAAGGAGAUAUCACCCUGUUUGGUAUCGAAAGUAUAACUACAUUCUGGGUGGCGCAUUGGACGGGGGAGCGCAAGUGAUGAUCUUUAUUCUUUCUUUUGCAGUUUUUGGCGCCUCUAAUGUGGAGAAACCUUUUCCUACGUGGGCAGGAAACCCGGCCAAUGGAAAUGCUGACUACUGCAACGGGAACGGAGCAUUAGAUUGA